GCGCCGCAGCGAGUUGUCAUCCGCACAAACGUCUGACCAGGAUCUAAUCAUUAAAGAUGGCGGCGGUACGGAAGACACAAGAAAGAUUCUCCGCUAAGAGAAUAUUCCUGGUUUUACUGUCGCUUCAGAUCCUGUCUGUGAAAUGUAUUCCGCUGACAACAACGGCUGCUGAAAUCCAAGUCACAUCUAACGACGAGAACACAUCAACCACAAAGAAUAACAAUAAUGUGGUUCAACCGGUUAAUGUGUUAAACACCACAGCAGCUCCUGUCACUGCAAUCAACAUCACCAAAGCUGCAUCUCCUUCUACAACUACUACUCUAUUAACUGACACCCCCGGCAUAGAGAUGACCACAGAAGGGAUUGAAGAUCAAGCUCCACAGAAGACCACCGCUGUGCCUGCAGACAAGCCGUCCACCAUCAUCCCCACCCCUGCAGGACAUAAAAUAGACACCACUGUGGAUUACAAGGCUGACAAAACUUCUCUAGGACCUGAGACGAGCUUUGCAGAUGACACAGGUGAUGAUGUCUUUGAAAGUGAGGAUGAGGAUGAGGAUGACUUUUUGAGUGACAGUUUUACACCUCAGGGCAGCCAGGCAGAUAGGGAUAACAAUCUCCCUGAUACUUACGAAGGUCCUGAGAGGCCUGAAAACAUAAAUCUACACAUCAAGGACACGACAAUCUACACGACUCAGGAUGAAGAUUCCCAUUUCUUCUUUCACCUGGUCAUCAUCGCCUUUCUAGUGGCCAUCGUGUACAUCACCUACCAUAACAAGAGAAAGAUCAUGCUGUUGGCUCAAAGUCACCGCUGGAGGGACGGGCUGUGCUCACGGGGAGUGGAAUAUCACAGACUGGAUCAGAACGUCAAUGAGGCCAUGCCUUCACUCAAGAUGACCAACGAUUACAUCUUCUGAGCAACGAAAGACUUCAGUGAAAAAACUAAUGCAGAAGCAGAAUGUUGAUUUUUGUCUGCUCAUGGUGUCUUAUUUAGUCAGGGGUCGAGUGGUUGAGAUAUAAUACUUCUGUUUCAUAUUCUCUCAGAUUGUCUUUGUUUCUUUUUUUUUUCUUUAUUUGGGAUAGAUGCAGAUGUUUUAGAAUGGGUAAUGCAUUUAAUGCAACAUUUUUACUUUACAAUUUGACAAUUGAAGAGAAAAAAUACAAUUCAUCAGUUUAAAGCAAAGCAAAAAGGACUGUCCAUGUAAAUAUUUGUUUGCACACACUGAAGGUUAUCACGUUGGCAUGCGGUGAAAUGGGGAUUUGUUUUCGACUCAAAUAAAUGCAGCACAGAAACAUAAAACUAUUCGUCUCACAACAUUACAGUUUAUGAUAGACUCCAGCACAACGACCAUUUGUCAUAGUUUACCUCAUUGUGAUGAUGUGAGAUGUUUUCUUUCCUGCUGAUAGAAAUGAGUAAAUAUGUGCAAAUACGCAUGCACACCUCAGUUCAGCAAAUAUCAUGAAGUGAAAUCUGAAUUUGCUUGUGUUUGGGGGCAGUCCCUUAUAUGUUUGUUUUCUGACUUCAGUGAAGUUGUUUUGUAUUGCACACGCUGUCGUGAUGAGCAGCUUCUGUCAUUGCCAAAGUUCUGGAGUUCUUACAUUUUUCGUUGCACAUGCAUGUGUUUAACUUAAGCUCUACAUUAUCAACUAUGACAGAUCAGCCGAUAUUAUCAUUUUGAUGUGAGUGCAAAGCUGCAUGAAAAGUAUUAAUAAUGUAUCUGAGCCUUACAUUUGUCAUUUGUUGAAAUAUCAAAGCAGUUAUUCCCUUCAAGAAAGCACAUGAAGGUUGCAUCUGUGCAUGCAGUAUAUAAGAAAAUGCCUCUUCAGUCAGUGGAAAUCUAAUUCAAUCAAUAAAACAUACACUAUGUAAACACA